AUGGCCGACAGAUUGACACAGCUACAAGUAUGCUUGGACCAAAUGGUUGAGCAAUUCUGCGCCACGCUCAAUUACAUAGACAAAAAUCACGAUUUCGAAGCAUCCAAGAACGGCGAAGAAAAGAUGACAGAUCCCCAAGCAAGCAUAGCACCCAAAGAGGACUUUGAAAAUACAAUUGAUGAACUUUCUACAGAUUUGAUACUAAAAACUAGACAAAUAACUAAACUAAUAGACUCCCUUCCAGGCGUUGACGUUUCAGCAGAAGAGCAAAUGCAUCGGAUAGAGUCCCUACAGAAUCAGCUUGUCAAAAUGGAAGACAAAAAGAUCGAGGCAAUCAAGGAAAAGGAGGAAGUACUGAAGAAGGUUGACGGGAUGAUUUGUGACUUCACGGUAGGAAUUGCCGAAGCACGGAAACCAGUGCAAAAGAGUGAUUCGAUUGAAGACAUGAGUGUAUAA